CCUUUAUUUCAUGAUGGAAUGAAGAAGUGGAGUUGUUGCAAGAAAAGCAGUCAUGAUUUCAGUUUAUUUCUCGAAAUUCCCGGUUGUAAGACUGGAAAGCACACAACAGAAAAACCAGUGAUAGCAAAGCCAGCUGCCAACCGGAAUAGAGCAAUUCCCGCACCAACUUCUAUGGCCAAUGUAUCACCGAAGGAUGCUUGUCCUAGAUGCCGCCAGGGAUUCUUUUGUUCUGAUCACGGUUCACAACCUAGAGAAGCAAUUCCAAAAGCAUCAAAUACAACAACAUCUGUACCUUCUGAGAGCAAUACAGGACAGCAAAGCCAUCCUGCUCCCGUGAAGAAGAAAGUUGAUAUAAACGAGCCCCAAAUUUGUAAAAACAAGGGCUGUGGUAAGACCUUCACAGAAAAGGAAAAUCAUGACACUGCUUGCAGUUACCAUCCUGGCCCCGCUAUCUUCCAUGACCGAAUGAGAGGAUGGAAAUGCUGUGAUAUUCAUGUCAAAGAAUUUGAUGAGUUCAUGAGCAUAUCGCCAUGCACCACAGGAUGGCACAACGCCAACCCAGCGUCCUGACAGAUGAGCCCUGUUUGUUUCAUCAUUUAUUGAUCAAACUAAGGUUGCUAGUAUGGACAUUAGUACUAUUUUACUUUCAGUCCUUCUGUAAGGUGCCAAAGGACAAUUGAGAAUGGACAAUCUAUAAUGUCUGAAGUUUUGACAGAGUUUGGAGUAAAAGCUCACUCAAUUAAUGCAUCAGUUGAGAUUAAAGAAUGUUGGGAUGCACUUUAGGCCUUUGUCAUGCAUGGUUGGUGUCAUUGUUCUUGUGUGAUGCUGUGAGAUUGUGACUUAUAACCAAAAAGUUGAACAAGUUUACCUGCUCCUGUUGCACUUUUAUCUUAUUGGUUACCCGUUAUGGACUUCUAGCAAUUCUAUAAAAUUGCAAUAUUACAGUUAACUAGAUGUUGAAACA